AUGGCCUUCACUUUCGCUGCUUUCUGCUACAUGCUGUCGCUGGUGCUGUGCGCUGCGCUCAUCUUUUUCGCCAUCUGGCACAUAAUUGCCUUUGAUGAGUUAAGGACGGAUUUUAAGAACCCCAUCGACCAGUGCAACCCUGUUCAUGCGAGGGAACGGCUGAGGAACAUCGAGCGCAUCUGCUUCCUUCUACGAAAGCUGGUGCUGCCAGAAUACUCCAUCCACAGCCUCUUCUGCAUCAUGUUUCUGUGUGCUCAGGAGUGGCUCACCCUGGGGCUGAACGUCCCUCUACUUUUCUAUCACUUCUGGAGGUACUUUCACUGUCCGGCAGAUAGCUCCGAACUGGCCUACGACCCGCCGGCGGUCAUGAACGCAGACACCUUGAGUUACUGUCAGAAGGAGGCCUGGUGUAAGCUGGCCUUCUAUCUCCUCUCCUUCUUCUACUACCUUUACUGCAUGAUCUACACUUUAGUGAGCUCUUAACUCAAAGACCACGCACAUCCUCAGAGACUGGGAUGGGAGAGGCCCGAGGCUGCGCAGUCCACUUCUGCUGGUGAUGGGAGAAGGGACCAGUGUGGGGAUGUGACAGACAGAGACGGGCAGACACUCUGAAUCGGGAGCCGGAAGCAUGCAGCAGCCAGCGGCCGAGUGCGCACGUGUUGUCACCCUGUGUAUCAGUCUUUGGCGUUCACACCCCACACUCGGGGCUGUAGAUCCCUUCUGAGCAGCGGGGGCACGAGGGGUGACGAAACGCGAAACCUCUUCUGAGCGAGAAUUGCUGCUUCCUGAAUCCACUUUAUUGAAUGGCUCCCUGAAGUUCACACUGCGUUCCUGGGCCGUGGGCGUGGAGGCUGGAUGGCUGGCAGGUGCCUGCUAAGGAACAGCGUGACCCAGGGUCAAGGCUGUAUCUGUGGGACUGAUUGAAGUCCUCAAGGACGUCACCGGCUACCUGAGACUUUCAUGUUUCUUCCAAGACCUGACCACGCCCUUCACUUCAAUGGGAGGGGCCUGGAAGGUGUGCAGAUUUGCCUUGGGCUAUAACCAGCCCUGAGCCUGCAGGGGUGUCUAUUUUCCUGCUCUGCUUUGUAAGAGCCCAGCUUAGGAUGUUAGUGACAUCACAAGCUGAAUUUGGGACAGUAUGUUAGUAAGGAGUUAUGGCCAAAGUCAGGGCUUGGGGGUGGUGAGAUGGAAAGCAGGGAAUCAUAGGAAAAAAUGAUUUUUUAAAA